UAUGAAAUAAAUUGCUUUUCGUUUGAAUCACAUUUGCCAAGCCCAAUUUGGAUUGCGUACAAGAGCUGGCUCCAUAAUCAAAACUAUCAAACCAGAGAAAAAGACUAGAGAGUAAAUCAGAUUGGAGAUUGAAGAUCCUUUUUAGGCAGAAAGAUUACGAUAAAUCUAAUUGGAAGAAGAUGCUAAGAAUUUUUAACAAUAUAUUUACAAUUUGAAACAAAAUGACAGAAAUCCCAACAACUUCAUUAAAGUUAAAGUUAAGAAUGUUGAAGUAUCAAAAAUUGAAACAGCAACAGAGACUGAAAAUACCACACCUUUUAUUGUUAAAAAAGUCCCUAAACAAGAGAAAGUUUUAAUUAGUGGAAUAAGAAGGUAUUGUUAAUGAUAAAUUCAUUUAAUAUAGAAAAGUACCUGCUUCUCUAAGAAGAUUAAUUCCUAUUUGUAGACCUUUGAUUAAUUUGCAUCUUUAUUAAGCUUAAGAGGCAAUUGCUGAUUCAGGAAGAAAAGCAGCUUAAUUUUUAGCCAAAACAUUAGUCAUGGUCAGAUCACAUGCUGUCUAAAGAGGAUAUGAUCCAGAAAGACUUUAUGUUCAUUCAAUUUAAGUUGGCAGAUAUAAGAAAUUCAGAAAGGCAAGAUUUCAUGCCAAGGCUAGAAUAAAUCCAGCAUUUAGAGAGACUAGUCAAAUUAAAGUUAUAUUAGAAGAAAGGCCAACAAAAGAGGUUUAAUUUCUAUUUUAUUAUAUUUAUAGAUGUUCAAAGAUUUUGUCUAAGGUAAAACUCCUAGUGUUAUCUCAUAUCUAAUGAAAGAUUAGUUGGUUAGGGAAAAAGCUGAUUAUGCAAAAAUUAGAAGAUUCUAAUUAUUCUUGACAUCUAAAGGCAGACAACAAUAAAGAUUGAUGUUAAAGAGAAGAGCAUAAAAAGAAAUGAAAGAGAAAGUAAAGAAUAAUAAAUAAAUUAUAGGGAUUAUCCUUUAAAUAUCUUCAUCGUCAAAUUGUUGAAUAAGAAGCUGAAUAAUUAGCUGAAAAUUAUGAUACAGGAAAGAGUGGAUUACAUAGAUUCAAUUUAGAGGCUAGAUAAACUCUAUUUAAAAAGAAUGAGGAAAUCAAUAAUUGAGUU